AUGUCUGACAGCGAGUCGUCUGAAGAGGCUCCGUACGUCUUUGGAUCCGACAGCGAAGACGAAGAGGAGGUCCUGGGAUCCUGGAAGUAUCCCAACGUGAUAAACCAGCGCAUUCAAGUAGACAAUGUCGAUGCGUUUUUGCUGGAUAAGACACGUGAAGAAGCUGGCCAGGUCGCUAAAAGAAUAUUGCAGCGAAUGUUCGAUGACAUCUACAAGUUUCUUGAGGUCGAGCUGUGGCUAAGUGUUUAUGGUGUAACCCCGGACUUCUUCUACGACGAGAGCAAUAGGGCUUUGUAUCCACCUGCUGAAGAGGCACUACCACUGCCCAGAUAUCGCGCUAUUUUGGCAGCUUUAAGUGGCAAUCCGUUUACAAAAGAAGGAGGAUCCGACCAAUGGACGGCACCGCUCACACCUGACAGAGACAUCUCUUAUGCAUACGAACUCGCACGGCGACUAUCCGCAGACAUUAAUUUUGUGGAUGGAACAACGAUAGCAUCAUUAGAUGAUGAUUUGAUCCGCUUGCGCUCAAAGGCAGUGGACGAUAUUGGCCUUACGCACGUGCGCAACCCGAAAAAGGGUACUGUACUUAAUGAUCGUGUUAUGCUGUGA